AUGAUCCUGCACAUCGUGGACUUCAGGGAAGAGUUGAUUGAAACUUCUGUGCCCGAUGAACUUGUGGCAUUGAAGCGGCGCUUCGUCAGCUACUACUCGGUCCACACCGACCUGGGGCAAACGGUUGACUGCAUUCCCUUCUUGAAGCAGCCUGCUCUUCUGUGGGCUGGAGAAGAAGUGAAGCAGAAAGAGGCGGUUGCAUUGGCCAAAUCCACAGGGGACGCUCAAGAUGCAGCAGGCGAGCAGGAAGCGAAUCAGGAGCAGGAGCAUGCAGAGCGUUAUGGCUGUAGACCUGACCAAGUCCCUCUUCCGCGCCCGAGCCUGCAAGCUUUGCGUCGUGGACUCAUACAAGAGUUCCGCAAGACGGGAAGUCCCACCGGAGGGCUCUGGCCCAGUGCUAGAGAGCACCAGAGCUUAGCGCUGCUCCAAGUUGGCAAGGACGACUGCAGGACGAUUCGGCCGCCACACCCGGGGCCUCCGAAUCACACGUACUCCACCAGCCCGAUCUGCAAAACGCACGGCAGUCGAACGGCUUUUGCCGUGCUCGAGCUCACCGGUGCUCCGGCAGAGGUGCCUUCCUCCGGUGGCCACACCCUCAACCAGCUCUGGUGGAAAGGCGUCCCCCCGGAGUCGAAGCUUCCGGUGAGCUUGGAAGCGGGCUGGUUGACCAACGACCUGACGGGCAUUUCCGAUGCGAGGAGCAGCCAACGUAUCGGAACCAGGCUUUUCGUUUACUCGACGCCCAAUGCAUACUUACCAAAAGAUGACUGCGAGGGUGGCAACGGCUACGACCAUUGGGGUGGCUUCGUCCAAUAUCCCGGUGCCCCUCCCCUGGGGGUCUAUAGCGUCAACAAGCUUCGAUCGGUUUUCCUGUACAAAACUGUGGGAUCGACUGCUGGGAUGCCAGAGCGGGUGGAGUUCUACCUCGCAAAGCUUGGCAAGGAUUACGGGAAGCCUAGAUCUGUGGCCAGCAAACGGCACCUGGUGGGUUAUUGGCCCAAGAGCCAUUUCUGUCAAGGCUUCCCGAAGCACGAAGACCUUCUGCUGUACACAGGGCUUGAGGUCUUCGUGCCGUCCCAGUGCCCCGGAAUGCCGCGCACGGCUUCGGGUCGGAUCUUGGGAUGGGGCACUGAGUGGAACGCGGGCGAUCCAGAAUUCUACCCGAUGCUCAAGGAUGAAGGAAGCGAGUCCGUCUUCCUGGCAACUGCGAAGCAGGACCGGAAGUGGGAGGCGCCUUACGUGGACUUUUCUGGCACGUAUCGGCCAGUGUCCUGCGUAGUGCCCGGGAAGCUGCCCUGUGAGGACAUCACUUGCCCACGGUUCGGAUAUGUGCCUUUUGAGGUUGUGCACAGCGUUGACAGUGAGAUGCGUCCUGCCAUGAUGUACCUCAUGGCAUUGGCCAUUGUUGGCUUUCCGUGUGUGGCCGCCUUGCGUGGCCAGAGUCAUGUCCAGGCGGCCCUGAAAGUGAACCAAAGCACGCCGAAUCUGGGUCUUGGCAUUGCUGCCGUUAGCAAGUAUGCCGGUGGGAACUGUCAGUUCAUGCCUGCCUUUGAUGUGGCCGCCUUCUUGGUGGAGGAGGCACCAGCUGCAGCGAAAGGAGUGGGAAUGCUUGCCAAGCCUGCGGUGACCGCCGUGCAGGUGGCUGCCAAGGUCGCAGGAGAAGUAGUUCCAGGAGCAGGAGCUGCUGCGAACGUCGUGUCCCAGGGUGUUAAGGCUGCAGGCGUAGCUGGUGCAGUCUCCAGGGGCACAAAGACCUUGACCCUUGCAUCCAAAGCAGGCUUGCUUGGCAAGGUCGUUGGUGGCGCCUUGUCCUUGAGCAAUCCUCUUGGCAUGGCUUGGACGGCCUUCAAUGUCGGAACGACGGCGUACCAGCUCUACGAGCUUCAAAAGAUCAUGCGAGACCCACAUCAACUCUGUGAGGUCCUCGCAGACUGGGUCCCCCCUUACGACCAGGCCGCAUGCCUCAAGGGCCUCCGCAAGAACCUGCCGGGACUCCAACUCCCCCCCAACAUCCCCGGCCUCCAACCUCCCCCUGCCCAACUCGCGGUGGCCAAGAUCGACAAGAAGGUGGCCCUGGCCGCGGCUGCUGUUCUCAUGGCCUCUACAGGUGCUCUGGCCCUUUGGCACCACAGCCUCCACUCCGUGGCCUAUGACCGUGCGAUUUGCCCAAGAAGCCUCUGGUUGGAGGACCCUACACUCGUGGACUGGUACACGGAUGACGCCAGCAGCUCCUCGGGAUCGUCAGCGUCCAUGGAGGAGGAGGAAGAGGACAUGCUGGGAUUCUCGAGUGCACCGAUGCCGAGAUGCAAUGGUCUCAGGUGGGUCUCCGUGCCGACGCAAUGCUCAGCAUCGGACCUUUCCUGCCAGCAACGGACUUGCCAGCAAGCCUGUUGCGACGACAAUAAGUGUUCACUCUACCAGUUUGACACCAAUUCGGUUGGGAAGUGCUGGCUGGGCGAGUCCUCCCAGUUCACCGCCGAGAAGUGUGAGCAAUGGGUGGGGAAAGUCAAGGAUCAAGGGGGCUUUCAAGAGGAUCCCAAGCUUUUCGUGCAAGUCAUGGGGCUCAAGAAGGUGCCAAACUCUGCUCUGGAAGCUGCAAAGCCGAAGAGCUGCGGCAUGCGCCCGUUGAGUGCAGAUGCGUGCGCUGCAGUCACUUGCGAGGAUCUCUGCCAGGAGCAGACCGACUGCCGCUUCUAUCAGUUGCGCAUCGGCCGUGGGGAAUGCUGGCUGGGUACAGCUGAACUUCCGAAUAUGGCCCCAGAGCUGAGUUGGCACGGGGGACUACUGGAUGCUUCACAAUCGCAGACGGACUGUGAGGGCGCCUUCCUUUGCCCAGCGGACCAGAAGUGUGUGGAGACUUGCGCGGAGUGCUCCGGCUUCACGCUGGGUGCCGAGAAUGAGAAGCGUUGCCGGCGGACGGCCGAGGAAGGCAUCUGCGACCCGAACAGCUGGGAGAAGGACUUUGAGGGAACUUCCUUGGAUGCAACUCAGUGCCAGGGCCUUAGCCGGGUGGUGGUGAAGAUGUCCGAGGCGACGGGCUUCAAUGGUCACGCCAUAUGCCAGGAAGCCUGUUGCUCGGAUCCUUCCUGUGUUCUUUACCAACUUCGUAGCAAAGCUGCGCAAGAAACGCUCCGGAAGGCUGGGGAUACCGUUCACUGCUGGCUGGGAUUGGUGGAUUCAUCUCAGAAUCCACUCUUCAAGUGUGGUGGCCGGGGAUGGCGAGGUGAUCGCAGAUCAUGGGAAGGAGGCUUCCUCUCCUCCCGCGGCUGUUCGCCGAGCCAGGGUGCCUCCUGCCUGCUCUCCGGGGAGUGCGUGCAAAGCUGCUCCUCUCAGUGCCCUGGAGCGGACAUCUUCGACCAGAGUCACAACUCUUGUGUUGCAUCGGCUGUGAAGGAAGCUAUGCCGGUGAUUCCUCUGGUGGAUGGCGGGAUCUCCACCUACUACAUCUCCACGACGGAUGAAGCAUCGGCGGACACUCUGCUCAUGGUGACGCAGAACAAGCAUCGCCUAAUCGAGACGCCUUCCCAGGAGGCUUGUGAGACCCUCUCUUUCGGUGCCACGGAGUGCAGUGCGGUCACUGAGGACGGCGAGACGAAGUGCAGUUGCAUUUAUCCUGACAUGCAGUCGUGCACUACCUGGUUCGAGGGCCACUUCCACCUGAGGCCUGUGAUCUCAGAAGUAGGCAUGCUUCUGCUCGCAGGGGAGGGCUGCGACUGCUUCGACGAAGCCGAGAGCUCCG